UGGUAUGUGAGUUUACCAUAUAUGGUCAAAGGCAAGCGACGUGAGGGCGCUACCUGCUUCCGGGUUUGUGGGUUAAGGGAGUGCUCAGCCUGCUGGCUCCACUAAUUCAUUGAUAUUAAGAAAAGCAAGUGAUCAACAGCAACUAUGUCGUACGAACUGAGAAAGGUUUUUGCCAGUCUGCCGCAGAUGGAAAGGGGAGUUGCCAAAGUGAUUAGUGGUGAUCCCAAAGGCAACAAUUUCCUCUAUACCAACGGGAAGUGUGUCAUCAUCCGGAACAUUCAUAACCCAGCCAUAGCAGACAUUUACACAGAACACGCCCAUUCCGUAUCUGUUGCUAAGUACGCCCCCAGUGGAUUCUACAUCGCAUCUGGAGAUGUAUCAGGAAAGAUCCGUAUCUGGGACACCACGCAGAAGGAGCACCUUCUCAAGUACGAAUACACCCCAUUAUCGGGCAAGGUCAAGGACAUCGCAUGGACAGAGGACAGCAAGAGGCUUGCUGUUGUUGGGGACGGACGAGAGAAGUUCGGCUCUGUGUUUCUGUGGGACACUGGUUCCUCAGUAGGAAGCGUUUCUGGCCACUCCAAAUUAAUCAACAGCGUAGACAUUCGUCAGAAACGUCCCUAUCGAAUGAUCACUGGCAGCGAUGAUACCUCUGCUUCUUUUUCCGAGGGCCCUCCCUUCAAAUUCAAGUUCGCAAUACGUGACCACACCCAGUUUGUCAACUGUGUUCGUUUCGCUCCCGAUGGAAGUCACUUUGCCACAGCGAGUGCCGACGGCCAGAUCUUACUCUUUGAUGGAGCUACUGGUGAGCAUGUCAGUGGCCUGGGAGGAGAAAGGGCACAUAAAGGAGGAAUAUAUGCUAUAAGUUGGAGCCCAGACAGCUCCCAGUUGAUUUCUGCCUCGGGGGACAAGACUGUCAAGCUCUGGGAUGUCGGCGCCGGUACGGCGGUCACCACCUUCAACAUGGGCUCUGAGGUAGCGGAUCAGCAGCUGGGCUGUCUGUGGCAGAACGAGCAUCUCCUCAGCAUCUCCCUGACAGGCUACAUUAACUACUUGGACAAGAACAAUCCUAACCGACCUAUACGUACCAUCAAGGGCCACACUAAGUCCAUCCAAUGUGUGACGAUUCACAGAAGUGAUGGACGACCAUACAUCUACACAGGAAGUCAUGAUGGGCACAUCAAUUACUGGGAUGCAGAAACUGGGGAGAAUGAUUGUUUCUCAGGAAAGGGCCACAGCAACCAGGUGAGCAAAAUGGUUGUCAAUGUUGCUGAUGAAGUGGUGACGUGCAGCAUGGAUGACACGGCGCGCUACACCAGCAUCAACAAGAAAGAUUACAGUGCAUCUGAUGUGGUGAAAAUGGAUUCCCAGCCAAAAAGCAUCUCAGCAGCUGCCGGGGGCCUAACACUGGUUGUGUGCAUCGGCCAGGUAGUCUUACAGAAGGACAAGCGAAAUGUCUUCACACUGGAAAACCUUGACUACGAACCCGAAGUUGGAGUUCUCAAUCCAGCAGGGAGCACUGCCGCUGUAGGGGGGACAGAUGGUACAAUUCGUCUGUACUCGGUGCAAGGCAAUACUCUAAAGGAUGAGGGAAAAACCAUUGCGGUUAAAGGCGCCAUUACAGAUAUGGGUUACUCUGAUAAUGGAGCCUAUUUGGCAGUCAUAGAUGACAAAAGGGUGGCCACAGCCUUCAGUGUGGCAGAUGGCUACUCGGUCAAAAAUGAGUUUUAUGGGCACCAUGCAAAACCAGUUAGCUUAGCCUGGGCACCUGAUAAUGAGCACUUUGCCACUGGUGGGAUGGACAUGAUGGUUUAUAUCUGGACAAUUGGCGAUGAAGACAAGCGGGUCAAGCUGCCAGAUUGUCACAAGUUGCACCAUGUCAGCGGCCUGUCUUGGAUCGACGCGAAUACUCUGGUCACCACUUCUCACGAUGCCAGCGUCAAGCAGUGGACUAUUAAAUACUGAGACGGAUGCUGACCAACAUCCACAUCCCCAGGAACAAGGACUACUGUCGAGUUCAAUCACCUCCCCCCCAAUCUAAAUGGUGUCUUUUGCUGUCUGUAAACAUCAGAAUUGAAAAUGGUUAUGGUGUAAACACAAAAAAUAAAUAAAUUAGGCAAAGUAUUUUUUUCUUUUUGCAAAAAAGUGCAACAUCCAGAGAGUCUUUUAGGCAUCUCAUUAAUAAUUGUGUGCACACUGCUCAACAUUCCAUAAAUAAUGUCAGUCGUUGGGCUCAAUGCAUCCUCAAUUAAUGGAUGAACCGAAAGUGUUUUAACACUAAUAGUGUGUUCUUUUGGUUGCUUUCCUGAAAUGAGAAGCCCUCAUGUCGCGUUUUCUUUAAAAGGGGAUGGAGCAGUGAGUGGGUGCAGCUUUUUGCUUUCUUGGCUAAAACUUUGCUUUUCAUAGAUCUACUUGGACUAGGGAGCAAUUAUAGCAACUGAAAACAAUCAUUAAAUUCAUUCAUUCAAGGAUCUUUUGUUAUAUCUUUUGAGUUACACUUGUCUCACUAUUUUCAUGUUUUGUCUAUGCAUUUGUUAAUAAUAUUGCUGGAAAUAAAACAAUUUUGCAUUUUGA